GCUCUUCCAGCCAACGCAAGAGCGCACGCAGCAGAGCAAAGCUGGCUUCCUCCCAACUCUGACAGCCUUGCUCUCUCCUCCCCCCUCCCCUCGCCGCCGCACUCUACCUAUAUCUCUGCUCCCCCAAACCGUAGUCCCAACACAACACCCAAGCUUCCUCUCCCCUGCCUUUCUCUCUAUCUCUCGCUCUCUCUCGCGCGCACAGGCUCGAAGCAGCUCGCGGAGAUGGCAGAGGAGCCGCAGCCACAGGCCGUCGCUGCCGCCCCGGCCCCGGAGGUGGUCGCGACUGAGAAGGCGCCCGCGGAGGUGGAGAAGAAGGCGGAGGAGCCUGCGGCGACGGAUGCGGCGGAGGCCGAGGCUGAGGAGACGGGCGCGGUCGCCGACGACGGGGGCGCCAUCGAGGCGACCGGGUCUUUCAAGGAGGAGAGCAACCUGGUUGCCGACCUGCCUGACCCGGAGAAGAAGGCGCUCGACGAGUUCAAGCAGCUGAUCGUCGCCGCGCUCGCCGCCGGCGAGUUCAACCUGCCUCCCCCUCCGCCGCCGCCGAAGGCCAAGGAGGCCGCUGCAGAGGAGACCAAGACGGAGGAGCCCGCCAAGGAGGAGGCUAAGACCGAGGAGCAGGCCAAGGAGGAGCCCAAGGCGGACGAGCCGGCCAAGGAAGAGCCCAAGGCGGACGAGCCGGCCAAGGAAGAGCCCAAGGUUGAGGCGGCGGCCGACGAACUCAAGGUCGAGGUCGUUGCCGAGCCAGCAGCUGAGGAGCCGGCCAAGGUCGAGCCCGAAGCUGAGGAGGUCAAGCCGGCCGAGCCGAAGACGGAGGAGGAAGCCGUCGUGGCCACCGAGGAGGGCACCAAGACGGCGGAAGCGAUUGAGGAAACCGUCGCCGCCACCUCGGAGCCGGCGGCGGCGCCGGAUGCAGAGGCGAAGGCGGAGGCAGCCGCGCCAGAACCCGUGCUGAUCUGGGGCGUGCCGCUGGUGGGCGACGACGAGCGCACGGACGCCGUGCUCCUCAAGUUCCUGCGCGCGCGCGAGUUCAAGGUGAAGGAGGCCAUGGCGAUGCUCAAGUCCGCUGUGCUGUGGCGCAAGCGCUUCGGCAUCGCGUCGCUCCUCGACGCCGACCUCGCCUUCCCGGAGCUGGAGAAGGUGGUGUUCUACCGCGGCGCCGACCGCGAGGGCCACCCCGUGUGCUACAACGUCUACGGCGAGUUCCAGGACAAGGAGCUGUACGAGAAGGCCUUCGGCGACGAGGAGAAGCGGGAGCGCUUCCUCAAGUGGCGCAUCCAGCUGCUGGAGCGCGGCAUCCUUUCGCAGCUGGACUUCGCCCCCAGCGGCAUCUGCUCCAUGGUGCAGGUCACCGACCUGAAGAACUCGCCGCCCAUGCUCGGAAAGCACCGCGCCGUCACCCGCCAGGCUGUCACGCUGCUCCAGGACAACUACCCCGAGUUCAUCGCCAAGAAGGUGUUCAUCAACGUGCCAUGGUGGUACCUCGCUGCUAACAAAAUGAUGAGCCCUUUCCUCACACAGCGCACCAAAAGCAAGUUCGUUUUUGCCAGCCAGGCCAAGUCACCUGAGACCCUCUUCAGAUACAUCGCACCGGAGCAAGUUCCUGUCCAGUUCGGAGGCCUCUUCAAGGAAGAUGACCCUGAAUUCACCACCUCUGACUCUGUUACCGAGCUCACCAUCAAAGCUUCAUCCAAAGAAACCAUUGAGAUUCCUGUCACUGAGAAUUCAACAAUUGUAUGGGAGCUUCGAGUGCUUGGUUGGGAAGUUAGCUACGGGGCGGAGUUCACCCCGGACGCUGAGGGCGGAUACACCGUCAUUGUGCAGAAAACAAGGAAGGUUCCUGCAAACGAGGAACCAAUCAUGAAAGGCAGUUUCAAGGUCAGCGAGUCCGGGAAAAUUGUGCUAACGAUCAACAACCCUGCAUCCAAGAAGAAGAAGCUCCUUUACAGAUCCAAGGUCAAGAGCACCAGCGAGUCUGUUUGAGACUUCAGCUGCCUGGGAUCCCUACAGUUUAUGGUCACCAUUGGGGUUUGUUCCCCGAUAGAAGAAGAUAAACCUUUUGUUCUUUAAUUUAAUGGUUUUGUGGUUUUUGGUUUACAUUCCUCAUUUGGUUAUUUAAGACCAGAGCUUGAUUUUGUGAUAGUUGGAAGAAGAGGUUGAUAUGAUAUAAUGACAUCGUGAUGGUUGUUGUUGAGGGUAGUGCAGAGGAGAAAAACUUGGAGCAAGGACUGAAGAAUAUAUAUCUGCUGCUCUGUAAAUGUGUCUGUACAUUGCAUCUCUGGAUUCAUGUUACAUUUAGAAGUACUGUCAUCAUUCAUCAAUACCAUGUUACUUGAUUUGUUCA